CACGUAUCAAAGUCUGCUGUGCAUUCCUUCUGUAUUCAAUAAUUCACUUCAAUUUUAUCCGAAGAAAUCAUGAAGACCAUUUUUAUUCUUCUUACUGUUCACUUGACCUGUUCAUGGGCAUGGCUGUCCAGCGAGGAUCAAGAACAGAUAAAAAAAUUUAGUGCAAAUUGCUCAGUAGAGCUUGGGACUACCAUCGGAGAGCUGCAGCUAGCAUUGGUUGGCGAGUCUCAUGCAUCUGAAGACAAACUUAAAUGUUUUGCAGCCUGUCUCCUGAAAAAAAUGGAUAUUAUGAACGAAGAUGGUACUAUAAAUAAAGAAGUUAUCAAAUCAAAAGCACCAAAGGAUAUGCCAGAAAAAGAAAUCGAAGAGAUUAUUCAGAAAUGCACCAAUACAGGUGGAAAAGAUGAUUGCGAGAAAGCAGGUAACUUUCUGAAAUGCGCCAUAAAAACCGUCGUUAACAAAGAGUUCAAUUAGAUCUUGACAUUAGUAAUAUAUGGAAUGGAUGUGUUAAUUAAUCAGGAAAAUGUAUCUGCAAGUGAAAUUUAAUAAAUAAACAAUUCGUAUUGUUAAA